AGACACCUGAGUGCUUUUUGACGAAUUGUGUGGCUGCUGCGGGGAGGGGAAUUCCAGGACCAUCCAGUUCUGGAAGUUGGAUUGGAUGGCGGACUGACGUGGAUCGAACCGGAAAUUUACGGAAGAUUGCAAAACACAAUUCACAAGCAAGCACCACUUGAAGAUUAGUGGGUCGUGAGAUAAGCUUCGAAUGACGACGACAUCGAGGAAGAUUCAUUGUAAUGUAAAAAUAGUUUAUAAAUGUGGAACCAGCUAGUAUCAGAAGUUUAAGCUGUGAUGUGGCUUAAAUUUUGUUGAGCAAAGUGCAAAAUUGUCAAUUGUUUACUCAACUGUUUGGCCAGGCCCCCUCGCUCAAAACAAUGCAAUGGCCUUUCAGGUGUUGGUGGUGAACCGAAUCGAUUGUGCUUGAGAAAGAUAGGAAGCGAAAAAGAAGAGAAUUUAAUUGUAAUUGAGAGCAGCGCAGCACAAAACACCGGAAAAGAGCUGUGGUAAAUAAUUAAUCGCAAUUGUGCCCAGCUGGUUUUGUGGUGUUCUAUAUUUGAAAAAGAACCAGCAGAAGGAAGAAUACACUGGUCCACGAUGAUGGAUCUAAGAAAAGAACACAUUGCGAUUGGCAUCAAUAGUGGCGAGACGGCGUCCGGAGCGGCCAGCGGCAGCAGGAAAAGUUUGCGAAGGCACUGGAACCAACUGUCCCGCUUCCAGAAGAACCUGGUCUGGAUCGUGCUGGCCGGCAUUUGCAUUUUCCUGUUCUUUUUGAUUCCGUACGAUGAUGAUGGAACGAGCCCCAGCGAUUUGCGCGUCGAUCGUCCCCUCGAGCACAUCCAGAUUGCCCCGUUCAAGGAUCGGCACCAGCACCUGAAUCUGGAAAAGGUCGGCGUAGGUGGUAUCCUGGAGCGGUCCUUCCGGUCGACGGAUGCCGAGGUGAAGGAGGUCAAUCUGGCCGGUGGCAAGAACAUAAUCGAUGAGCCGCCGGCCAUGGCCAACCAGCAGUUGCUGGAGGAGCCCAAGCUGGACGAACCGGAAGGAGUCGGAGGGGGUGGUGAAGUAGGCGUUGGUGAGGAUGGGGCGGCCACGCUGCAGAUCGUGCAUAGCGAACCCAAGGAGGUGGUGGAGAAUGAGGAGAACGUGCUGGAGGAGAACCGGAAGAGUGGUGAUGCGAAGGAUUUCAAGGGUCCGACGAAUGAUCGGCAACGGGCCGUGAUCGACGCCUUCCUGCACUCGUGGAGAGGUUAUAAGGAGUACGCGUGGGGUCACGACAACCUCAAGCCGAUCUCGAUGAGCUACUCGGACUGGUUCGGGUUGGGGCUGACAAUCGUUGAUUCGUUGGACACGAUGUACAUUAUGGAUCUGCAGGAGGAGUUUGACGAAGCUCGUAACUGGAUCGAUCAGUAUUUGCGGUUUGACGUCAAUCGGGACGUGAAUUUGUUUGAGGUGACGAUUCGCGUGUUGGGAGGACUGUUGAGUACGUACCAUUUGUCCGGGGAUAAGAUGUUCCUGGAUAAGGCGUUGGACUUGGGACAACGUUUGCUGCCGUGUUUUGACUCUCCGUCGGGGAUUCCGUACUCGGAUGUGAACAUUGAAACCAUGAAGGCCAGACCUCCCAAGUGGUCCCCGGAUAGCUCGACCAGUGAGGUAACGACGCUGCAGCUCGAGUUUCGCGAUCUUUCGCGAACGGCAAUGAAUCCAGUGUUUGAAAAUGCUGCCCACAAAGUGAACGUUAAGGUCCACGAACUGGAGAAGAACGAAGGACUGGUGCCAAUUUUCAUCAAUGCCAACACGGGGCAGUUUAGAAACUUUGCCACCAUUUCGCUGGGAGCGAGAGCGGACUCAUACUACGAGUACCUACUGAAGCAGUGGCUGCAGACGGGCAAGAAGAACGAUGACUUCCUAAUCGACGACUACCAAACGGCGAUCCGUGGCGUCCUGAACCAGCUCGUCAAAACCACCCCGAACGAGAAGCACCUCUACAUCGGCGAGCUGAUCAACGGCAAGGACUUCAAGCCCAAAAUGGACCACCUCACCUGCUACCUCCCGGGAACCCUCCUGCUCGGUCACAAAAACGGCAUGCCCAAAUCCCACCUCAAGCUGGCCAACGACCUGCUCGAAACGUGCUACCAAACGUACAUGAAGCAGCCCACCCAGCUCGCCCCCGAGAUCUCCUACUUCAACCUGAACGGCGAGUCCGAGAGCGACAUCUACGUCAAAACGAACGACGCCCACAACCUCCUACGGCCCGAGUUCGUCGAGAGUCUCUACUACUUCUACGCCAUCACCGGCAACAAAACCUACCAGGACAUGGGCUGGACCAUCUUCGAGGCGUUCAACAAGUACACCAAGGUGAAGAACGGCUACACCUCGAUCGGCAACGUCAAGAACCCGCUCAACACCCGGCCCCGCGACAUGAUGGAGAGCUUCUGGCUGGGCGAAACGCUCAAGUACUUUUACCUGCUGUUUAGCGACGAUCGGAACGAGAUCGACCUGGACAAGUACGUGUUCAACUCGGAGGCGCACCCGCUCCCGGUGCGGGACAACUGAAUGACGGCGACCAAGAAGACUGUGAGAUGGGAGUGAGUGAGUGACGGUGCAACGGUGGUAGAUUUUAGAGAAUACUUGUAAAUUCCACUAAAUGUUCGCUGUUUUAUGUGUGUAGGUGUAAGCAGUGUCUUCAACGUCGUUGUAUUAGGUUUUACACCGUGACUUCAUUUGACAGCUCGUGUGCACUGUUUACAUGGUCUUCGUCGAUUGUCGACAAAUUUCCCCGAACAAAAUCGACGACCGCAUUGAACUGUGCUAAGUCCAUGUAAACAGUGCACUCCUUUCUAACCUCCAAAUCGAGUCGGCGUAAAACCUAAUUGGGAUCCCUUUUCUGGAUGAAAAGGGGUUCGUAUUAAAUUAGCACGGGAUUGGGCUGUUUGGAGAUUGUUGAGUUGUUCAAAAAUGUUAUCGUGGUCCAAAACGGGCGGCAAUUUCCGUAUCUUCGAAAGGAAAAUUGCAAAUUCGGAAAAUUAAAUGAUUUCAUUUGGAGGAAAGGCACAAUCCAUCUUGUGUUCAUUUGUGUUACUCAUAUCCUUUUUCAUUUGAUUUUUAUCACUAAAUGUUUCUAAAAUACCUACAAUUAAUUUUUUUUAAAUAUGUUUUUUUCUUGAACGAAUUUUGACCGUUUUGGUCUCAUUCGAUCCGUUUGGGGAUCCCAUAAGUCGCUAUUCAAAAUUAUCAAGUUACAAUCUGGAAUAGCAUGGUGCCCUCAGGGAUAUUCCGAACGGUGGACAUUUACGGAAUCAUGCGAGUUUAUGCAAUAUGGCUAUCGGAUUCAUGAAAAUGAAAAUUUAUAUCUUGAUAACCAACUCGGAAUAACCGGAAGCCAUCCAUGAGGAUUUUUAGACAGUGCAAAAACAAUCGAAUUUUAGCAAUUUCUUGAUUCAACAUCAAAACUUCGAGAAAAGCGGUUUCAGAUUUGGCAUAAACGGACUUUUUUUUAAUGUUUAUUAUCUUUCAAAGUUCUUUGUCAUUCUGGUCAUGUUUGUUACAUAAUCACUUAUCUAUUUUUUCAAAAAGUGGGACGUUAAAGGCACUUUGAGGUUACGAUAAAAGUGAAAUGUUUUGCAAUUAAUUUCGAAGGCUGAGAAAAUUUCUUGAAAAGUCUGUUGUUUUGUCAAAAACAUCGUAGCUAAUUCUAGAAUAUUUUUUCAUUACUUCCUGCCUCUGUAUUAUAGGUUUUCUAUGCAGAUAAAUACUUUUCAAAAUUAAGUUUUUGGUCCGAUUUACAAUGUUAAAUACGAAGCUUAUGGAACAAUUUCUGUUUUUUUUUUAAAUAACAAAGUCGUUUUUAAAGAACUGAAAAUUUUACAGAAGAACAGUGUUGUAAAUGAGUGAUAGAAAAAAAUAUCAUUCGAUGAUUCCUGCUCCAAAAUAUCAGCGGAUAUAGCGACCUCCACUACAGCUUGUGAGUUCUCUUUUUGUAUCUCGUGCUUGCCAGCAAAGAAUAUUUUUUCUAUCACUCCUUCUCUUUUCCUAGUUCACGAACACUCGCCAAAGAUUCUUUUGUUUUCUCCGAAAACCGCAAUGAAAGAACGCGAGAAAGGGAUUGGGAAAUGAACACGGAUUACGUCCCGUUAAACUGCGUUGGCAGAUUUUGUUUUUCGGCGGAUUUUCUGGCUACGCCUGUUGAGGGAGGAUGAUUGUGAAUGCGAGAAUGAGAGAGACGAAAAGAAUAUCACGCGAGAGAGUUUAAACUUGAGGUAGAGACGGAUAAUUCUUUUUGCUAAGUAUUUCGCAACAGAAAAUUGGAAGAUGAGAUUUCGAACAUGAUAAAUGUAGUCCCUGAGAAAUGAUAGUUUGAUACUUUUACAACCAUGCAGAAGAGUAUUUAAGAUUCCAUCACUUGAAAAAUAGUGAAGUGAUACAUUUUUCAUCCCUUGAAACAUAUUAAACAAAUAGAUAAUCAAGUCUAGAGUUUUUUUUUUGAAAAGUUAAAAAACAUUUUUUUUUGCUUUUUGGGUGUUUUUUUUAACCGCCUUGAGUCAGGGGUACUAAAAAUCACACACAAAGCAAAAAUAAAAAAAAAUCUUUUAUUGGAGCUGUUUAAAAAAAAAAUUAGAAGUGUAUUUGAAAAAUUCAAUUCUUAGAGAUAGAAAGUCAAAUAAAAAAUUGAUUUUUGCAGGGUGCAACUUCGUUUUAAUAUAGGAUAAAUUUUCAUCCAAACAAAAAGAUUUUUUUUUUACUAGAUGAAUUGACAGACUUAUUUUAAUGUAAUGUUUUAAUAAAAAUAUUUGUUUGAAAUUGAUAUAAACAACACACUGUUGAAAUUUCCAAUGUUUUCAUCGGAAAUACAGUUUUGAGUUACGCCCUUUUGACAAUUGAUAUCGGAUUAGGGUCCAUCCAUUUUUGUAAAAUUGCGAAUUUCUUUGAGGAAAUUUUCUCAAUUUUGUUAGUUUUAGUAUAGAGACACAGUUUGGCUAGAUUGCUUUCCGAUUUCAAACAGCCCAACCUUUUCCAGCACAACAACAACACCCUCGCGAUCCUAUAGAGAGCAACCUAAUUGGUCGAUAGUUAGACAAUUCAUUGUUAGAAUAGUUCCACGAAGUCUACCUAAAUUUGGAAACCCCGUCAAUCCCACUUUUUGUAAAAUAUUUUCUCCUGUAGAAUGUUGCUAAAUCUAGCUGUUUUUAUAUCUAAUUUAUUAUUCUAAACUAUUUUAAUAGAAGAUAAAAAUAGAAGAUGUAAAAAAAUCACCAACUUUCUUAUUCUUUUUAAUUCGUACAAUCGCGUGAAAGUGUAAUGUGAGAGCGCGUACAAGUUUUAAAUUUACAAAAUAUUCACACUCUAGUCUCCGAGACCGGAAGAAAGCAGCAGCAGCAGCAACAGCCUAACGACAGUAGCGUAACACGCGAAUUUGACGAGGUUCGAAAAUUAUCGAGAGAGUAAAGUUAGAAAGUAAAAAGUUACGAUGAAUUUCCUAGCGAUGUAAGUUAUUUGAUAUUAUAAAUAAAAAAAAGUCAACCAAUUGUCUUUUUU